AUGGCACAUGGGAACCACUUCAUAAAUUGGUGGCGUGAUAUAGAAAAUCUAUGCCUUCUUCCAUACGGUUGGCAACCUCUAGCUUAUCAAAAACUUCUAGAAGGUUUCAAGAUAUUCUUUUCAUCUAGAAAGUCGACAAAUGUCUUGGUCCAAAGUCACCGUCAAAGUUCCUUUUAUCAAAUAUUAUGCUAUAAUCCCUAUCUUUACCAAACUUUGGCAAUACAUACGCGGUAUGGCUACCAGCGCAAGUACCGGAAUCUGCCCAAAGAUAUGGGAAUAGCAUCCUCUCUCUCGUCCCUCCCCAGUCAAAAUGGAUACCUUAACUUGCUCAAGUCGGUAAUGCCCCCUUUCCCCUGUCUGCUGCGUUCCGUCGGCCUCUUCCUUGUAGAUUUGUCACAUCCAAUUCUAUUGGUAAUUGGCACCUGGGCCUCGGACAAAAGCCAAGUUCAUUUACCCCCGGGAAGUAUCUCGCAUUUGGCUAAUAUCACAGCUUUUCAAUCCUUCGCUGCAGGGUGA